CAAAUUCUGUAUAUCUUAUUACUACUUCAUUCCUUUCAUUCUGGCAUCUUCACUCUAUUAUAUUCCCUCUUUACCUCUUUCAUGUCGAACCAAUAUGUUCGAGUUCCUAAUCCAUCCGACCGCCACAACAACGAGAUAGACGACGAAGUCCAGGCUGCCUUCGAUUACAGAGAAGACGACGACGACGACGAACAUGAUUCUUCUGAAUCUCGACCGUUGAACUCCAAUACGAGUCGAGCAACCGCUUCCAACAACCUACCUCCCAUACAAACUACACCUCACAAUCAACCUGGCACCUACAAUUUCGAUUCGGUAGACUAUGACUUUCCCCCACCAGGAUCCCCACCCCCUCUUUCCGCCACGGCCUUUCCAAAUGACAUUGGAAACAGCAAUGGUUAUGUCCCAGUAUUCGACGGGCACUCGAUCCGUCCACCGCAGCGCCCUUGGUGGAAGCGGGCAGCCUCUUCAGUGUUACCCUCGGGCGUCAGUGAUCGACUCGGCUGGAGUACAAGACCGCCAGGCUCGGUAGUGGGAAGUGGGAUUAACAACGACGGCGUUUUCGCCAAUGUUGUCGCGAAACCGACUGCUCCGGUGCGGAUACAGAAUGGUGACGAAACCUACGUCGUCCCUGAAGACAGCCAACCGGAGGCGCCCCCUUCCUAUGCCCAGGCACAAGCGGAUGCCGUUCCUCCUUACUGGGAAACCACUGUCCAUGCUCCUUUUGCUCCAGAUGCAUAUGGAGAGACGAUUGUCGACUCCCUUCCUACCGGAUCACUCUUCUCCUUCUGCUGGAAUAUGCUCGUUUCAAUUUCGUUCCAAUUUGUCGGGUUCCUUCUCACCUAUCUUCUGCACACGAGUCAUGCAGCGAGGUUAGGCUCCCGGGCAGGCUUGGGCGUUACCCUCAUCCAGUAUGGCUUCGCCCUUCGAGGAAGGCUCGAGGGCUCCGACGACAACGAUAGGGAGUACGUUUGGGCGACGCUCAACUCCAACAAUUCAACUGCAUCUAUACCGACACCUGCAGGAAUUGAUGGCCUACCCCAAAGCAACUCUACGAUGGGGAUGACGGAUGAACAAGUUGCGUUCCUCGCCGAUGCAACCACCGAGUGGUUGUCCUUCUUCCUCAUGACCGUCGGAUGGUUCAUUCUCUUGACAUCCCUCCUUGGGUUCUAUCGAGUCAAGCGAUGGGAAAGAGGAGUCCUCGUCUCUCAGCAAGCAUCACAACGACACGACUCCCCAGUUCAAACCGCUGCCACAGCCAACUCUUUCAUGAGCGGCAUUGAGCAGAAUUUCUCCCUCAAUGGGAUGUCCCGGAUAGAACUCUUGCGACAAGGGUUUGGACUCCGACGAGGGACGGAUGCCAACAACGGUCCUUCGUCGCCCGCCUCAGAUCAGGCGAUCGCACGCGCUGAAUCGGAGGAGGCGCAACCUCUAGUGAGGGAAGAUGGUACCGUCGCAUCUCUCACACUCGAUCCCAAUGACCCUCAAUCGCAACGUUUGAUUCAGGUCAUCCGACAAGAAAUGCGGCUGAGGAAUAGCUUAAGAGAUGCAGGGUUUCUGUAG